AAUGAUAAAAUAAAAUUAGAUUAUAGAAACAGAGAAUAUAUAUUGCAAUAAUCUGAGCAGUAAUAAUAACAGAGUACAGAUUACGCGGUAGCUUAUCUGUAUCGACCGUCCGCGAUUGGCCGUUUCAUCUUCUUCUCCUCCUCCAUCCUCGCAUUUUUCGUACACCGUUUCUCCGUUUCCGAUCUCUACUUUCCGGUGGUGGUGGUGGAGGAGAAGAGAGCGCGAAUAAAUAGAUUUAUAGGAUUGUAGUUGGGGAUGGCGAAGAGAGUGGACCACGAAUAUGAUUAUCUGUUUAAGAUCGUAUUGAUCGGAGACUCUGGAGUCGGGAAAUCCAACAUUCUGUCCAGGUUUACCCGAAAUGAGUUCUGCUUGGAGUCCAAAUCCACUAUCGGAGUCGAGUUCGCCACCCGAACUCUUCAGGUGGAAGGAAAGACUGUCAAGGCCCAGAUUUGGGACACUGCCGGCCAGGAAAGGUACCGAGCUAUUACUAGUGCUUACUACAGAGGGGCUGUCGGAGCACUGCUUGUAUAUGACAUAACAAAGAGGCAAACCUUUGACAAUGUCUUAAGGUGGCUCCGAGAACUGAGAGACCAUGCAGACUCUAACAUUGUCAUUAUGAUGGCUGGGAACAAGUCUGAUCUCAACCACCUCAGAGCAGUCUCCGAGCAGGAUGGUCAAACUUUGGCUGAGAAGGAAGGAUUGUCAUUUCUGGAGACAUCAGCAUUGGAAGCGCUUAAUGUAGAAAAGGCUUUUCAGACUAUUUUGUCAGAAAUCUACCAUAUUGUAAGCAAGAAGGCACUGGCUGCCCAGGAAGCAGCAGCAAACACCCUUCCUGGUAAGGGUACCACCAUCAAUGUUGGUGAUUCCGCAGCAAAUGCAAAAGGGGGCUGUUGCUCUUCCUAAGCUGAAUUUCAGGAGGGAAACAAACACAAACGGUAGCUGGCUUAAACUUAUUGUUUUUCCCCUCUUUCUUCAUCCAGAGCAAGAGAGGCAUGUAGAAUACUUUCUUUACCUUAUUGGUACAAGAAAGUAAGAUUGUGAAUGUUAAUUGUUUAGUGGUUUAGGUGAAUCUACUCUCAUAUCGUACACUUAUUUAUUUUUUGUGAAGGGAAGCCACUGAUACUGGCAGUGUUGCUGUUUUUGAUCACAGAUAUACUCUGAUAUAUACUGCAGGGAAGCAGGUGUAGCAAUUUUAAUCAUAUCUGGUUUUAUUCCAGCUAGAAUUCUCUUCA